CCCACCCGACUACAGACUGAAGAGUCCAUGAUCAUUUGUCUGUAAGAUGAAGUGUGUUGUUCACCGGACACAUCAGGUCCCCACCGCGACCCCCGCUCAGAAGUGCAUCAGAAGAUUUAUUUAUUAUUAUUAUUUUUCUUAAUGCAAUAGUCAUUGGCUAAAAUGUAGAAAAUAUGUUCUAUUCAUGAUAUUAGAUUUAUUAUUAUUAUAAUAAAAUAAUCUGGCGAUAGUUUUUUCACGGUGGAUUGGUUGGAGCAGAAGCGGAGGGGCGGGGCUUCUCAGGUGGAACAGCAAUUUUCUUCUUCGACACGUGGAUUUUACACAGAGAAAGUGUGGAUUAUGGACAAAAUGAGAGCUACAAGAUCAACCAACAGAAUGACCUUCACAUGUGACCAGUGUGAGAAAACUUUCUCUCAAUCAUCCGAUCUCAGUAAACACAUGAGAGAAAACUGCUGGCAGAUAGUAUACGAGUGUGACCAGUGUGAAAAGUUCUUCAGAACAUCCCAGGAAUUCUCCAGUCACUACCGAACGCACACAGGAGACGAACCAGACGACUGUGAAGAAAGAGGGAAGGAUUUGGGGUCUGUGGGGAAAGGAGAAAGAGCUGCUGAGGCCGGAUCAAGUGAGCCUAAAGUCAGACUCAAGAAGCUGGAGAUCAGGCUUCAGAGACUCCACACUGUGGAGUUGGCCGAUGUGUAGUGUCAAAACUUACAAGCGUUAAAUGACACGUUAAGAUG